AUGUCCGUCCUCCGCACCAGCCGGACUGCCAGCGUGCAGGUCCGUGGCUUCGCAACUUCACCAAAUCUUCGAGUCGGACCCGAGUCCCCUCAUUUCAUCGAUGUCCCCCGAAUCGUUCAGGCUAGCAAUCCCGCCAAGCCUCGCGUCCAGGGUACCCUCCCAGUUCCCCGCGAGCUCUUCCCGGCUCGUCGUACGGACAAGCCUCGCAAAGCAUACCUCGAUGCCGUGACACCACUUCCCUCGUCCGAGCGUACCGUCAACCCGAAAAGCAGCGACCCCGAGAAGCAGGCCUUCAAGCUGAAGAUGGCGGUUUUGCGGCGCAAGAAUCUGCGGGAAGGUCUGCAGACACUGUACAAGCGGAAGCAAGUAGCGGAGGAGACCAUGUUCAACCGCAGUCUCGAGAACCAGAGGCGACGUGAACGCAUCCUUCAACAACCGGAGCCGGAAGAUGAGCGCUUGACUCGGCCAUCCGUCGUUUCUGCAAUGCAGCCUCAGCCACACACAAUCCUGGCGGACCCUAACCGGGAACAGACUUUGGUUCUUUCGCGGGCGCGGAUGGAGGCCAAGCAGGCCGAAAAAGAUGCGGUGCGCCGCGAUCACCUGCAGUCUCUAUAUAUGAACGCCCGUACCUUCAUCACUACCGAAGAGCAACUUGCCGCCGAGAUCGACCGCGUGUUCCCCGAGGGCGAAAACGAGGCCUGGCGCAACGACCACCAGCACGGCGAGAAUAUCUGGAACUUGGGCAUGCCGCCUACUGUUCAGUCCAUCGUCAACGAGACUCGGAAGAGCGAGACUGCUCGCUGGGAUGUCACUCAAGACCGGGUCAAGAAGCUGGGCGAGCAGAUUACUGGAGGCAAGCUGUGA